GCAUCGUGUGAACACCGUGUUGAAAGUUGACAGCAAGUACUGCCAACAUACAGCUGUAAAACAUCAAACAUCUCAAAUUGUGGUUUGAAAUGAAAUCGUUAUAAAACGGAUUACAAACAAAUAUUGAUGUGCACAGAAAAUAAUACGCAUUGCGAUACUUGAAAACACAGUAUUAAAUAUGUCUACCAGAUCUGGCAAGAGGCUUCACAAUGCCUCCAAUGAGAAUAUUGAACCAGAAAUUGCUCUAAAAAGUGACAGAAAGACGCGAAGCAAACGUGUUGUAGAUAACAGUGAAAGUCAGGCAGGAAAAACAACUAAGAAACGCCAGAAUUAUGUGAGUUAUCCCUCCGAGGAGGAUACCGCCGAUGUGAACUCUCAGGAAGCAGAGGUACAAGUCAAACCCGUCCACGCCUUGCGGCGGCAAACGCUCAAGGAGCAAAACGCGGCUACCGAGGAAGUGGACACUGCCAUCACUACUAAGAAACAGGUCAGGUCAACUCGACGCACAAAAAAACAUUCAGAAACCGCCGCAGACGACGUGCCAGACGUUCCUGUAAAUGAGGAAUCCGUUGAAGUUGCUACCGUCACCAAUACUAAAACUAAAGUCAAGAAAAACAAAAAGAAAUCAAAGAAAGAACAACCUGAAAUUAAUGACAAAGAAAAUAAGGUUAAAGUGGGAAAAAAGAAGAAGAAUAAGAAAAAAAAGAGCUCACAAUCUAAUUCAUUAGUUGAGCAGGAAGAGGUGAGCAAUGUGUCCACGGACUCCUUCCACAAUGCUGCUGGCAGCCCCCUACACACGCAUGUCAUUCCCCGGCUUAACAACAACAGCGUUAGUAAACAACCAGGUGACACUGAGACAGCAAGUGCCAAGAGAAGGUCAAGCCUUAAGAGGGUUUCUGAACAAAAUAUUUCAACUAAGAGAAUGGAGCUGGAUGAAGUAGGUGCAAUUAAUAUACCUGAAAUUUUAACUGUCAGAGCCAGCAAGCGCAGAAGGUCUAGUUUGAAAAUAGUACCUGAUAUAUUGCCAGAUACUGCUGAGAAAGUGGAUUUAAAUGCCACAUUUGAAAAGGAACCAGCAAAAGAUGUUUCCAGUAAAAAGAAAAGAAAAUCCAAUGUGAUGGAAGAAAAUAAUGACGGGGUCAUUAUUCUAAUAAAUACAUCAACUAAUUUAGAUGUUCCUAAGACAUCUGAAGUAUUACUUAAUACUACUUUUGAAAAAGAUGACAUGGAAACAGAUGUGAAAGGUGUAAAUAAUAAAAAAUCUGACAAUAAAGAACUGACUAAUGAUGACCAGACAAGUAAAAAUUCAAAUUUAAGCUUUGAGAUUAGGAGAUCUCCCCGAAAAUCUGUAAGCGGAUCUGAAAAGGUUGCAGUUUUAAAUGGCACCUUUGAAUUAUCUCCUAAACCUGAGCUGACCAAACAAAAAUCUCUUGACUCCACAUAUGACAAAGAAAGCAAACUUGACUCAACAUUUGACAAAACUACUCGGAAACAAAGCUUGGGUUCAAAAUCAUCUCUCAUAACUUCUGAUGACGCCACUAACUCCUCAAUAGUCACACUUGACAAAUCUGAUGACAAUUCCAAGAUCAACAUCACUGAUGAUGACUCCACAACUGAAAACAUCCUUAAUACUACACCUGUUUUGAUAGAGAGCUCCAUGGAGGAAUCAAGAGUAAGUGUUCUAGAAAGCUCACUAAAGGAGAACAAAACUCCAGAAACUACACCACAACCUACAACACCAUUGAAACGGGAAGGCACAUUCACCAAAGACAGUCCGUGCGCGUCUCCAAAGACACCCAACAAGCGACAAACUUUGCCUGCAGCGGGCUGCACGCCUUACCAUUCAGAAAGGAAGGGAUCACAGAGAAAGAGGACCCUUAACCAGACACAUUCUAUAGAGAAGCCGAGCCGUCGGUCGUCGCUCCUAGAGGUGCCUACUAGAGCUACGCGCGUAAUGUUCUGCAGCCCUGUGAAAAACCCGGGCUUAGCCACGCAAAGGAAGAGCAAGAUCAUCAAGUCCAACCUGAAGGGUUCUAAUAAGAGCUUUGUUUUCGAAGAAGGUGAUUCUGUGCCGUCUUCAGUACCAACACGACUGGGCCGCAAGCGUUCAUUCACACAUACAGACGGGGAGCAGGCCUCCGCUAAACGAACUCGUCUUAACACUGAGAGGUCUACGCCCGCGGCCCGAGCGCGUACUAACAGCGCUAUGGCAAAAUUAUCAAACACAGCAACCCCGUCGAAGGCUGCCACACCGAAGUCCGAAGUGAAGGCCACGAAGCUGCCCAACUUCGCCGCCCUGCACGCGCGGCGCUUCGAGCGCAUGGAGUCGCUCGACGAGUGCCAGCAGAGGAAGGCCAAGAGGGCAAAGCAGUUAUUAGUACCCACUGGCAGUGUGGCUGUACUUGAAAGAAGCAGUCCUAGAGUGACCCUCGAACCGAAGUCGCGCGACUCGCCCACCGUGCCCGCCGCCCCCUCCCCCGCCCCCGCCCCCGCCCCCUCCGUCACCAAGCCCGCCGCCCCCGCCGUCGCCGUCGCCGUCACCAAGCCCAAGCCCAAGCUGCCGACGCUAGACACCCUCCAGCCCGGAUACACCAGGUUCGGCUUUAAGAUGAACUGCGACGUUAACCCCUUCAGCGUCCCGAAAACUGACAAGUCAAAGGAAAAACCUAAUGGUAUCAAACCGAAUGGUCUAAAAGCCCUUAACGUCAUUAAACCGGUUGCAGUAAAACGCGAGGUGACGCAGCCUUCGUUAGCAGGCGCGACCUCACUGCGCAGGACCGUCGCUAAGCAAACUAUAAUGAGGGAAAAAUCCUUCACUCUCACUCAAAAACGAAGUGAGAUGAGGAAUGAGGUUAGAACGGUCAUCAAGGGCGUGAGGCUUAACAGGCGUUUUGAUUUGCAGAUGAAAUCUAGGAAUCUAAAUGGGUGAUCGGAAAAUGUGCUUUUUCAUUUACUAAGUGUUUUGCAACAUCACUAAUAUGCAGUCAUCGGUGUAGGAGUAUUUUGUAUGCCAUGAUAUCAUUCUCUAUAACUUCCUUACACAAGUUGCUUUAAUUAACUAAAAUAUUAUUGAACCUAAUAAAAUAACGCUGUAAGGUAAAUUUUAUCUGCUGUAGUUAAAGGGUGACUGGAAGAGAACGAUUUAUACUAUUUAAGCGUUAAGUCUGCCUUUUGUACAUUAAGUUUUUCUUUUGUGCAAUAAGUACCUCUUCCCUGAGUAAGCGUACAGUCGCCAUCACCCAUCAGAUAUAUAGGAGCGGCCGAGAUGCUCAAAAAUAUCUGAACACGCACUCUAACGCGUUGACAAUAGAGGCGGGUUCAGAUAUUUGUGAGCACCUUAGCCGCUCCGAUAUAUCUGAUGGCGACUAUGAGAGCAGCCAAGGUGUAUAAAUAUCUGAACAAAACUUCUACUCGUAUUAUCAAGACGUAACAGUACAUGUUGAAAUAUUUUCAAGCACCU